GGUGAUGUUGUGCACGUAGGGGCACGUGUUGCAGGCGAAGCGGUGGCAGCGUUGUCCCUCCUCCACGAUCAGCCCGUUCCCGCAGCCGGGGCAGAACAGCAGCAUGGUCUCGAACUCCGCAGGCGCCAACCACCCGCAGCUCCCACUGCCGCUCAGCGCCGACGCGCCGCCCGCCUCGAGCUUACAUUGGUCCUGGCGGCCGCCUCGCCCCGCCCACCAACCAAUAGACAGGGCGAUUCUGCGCUCCCUGCUGGCCGUCUCGCUCUUGUCAUUGGUCACUGCAGCCGCCCCACCCGUCGGCGCACCAAUGGCUGGGCGGCCUCGCUGGGACCGGCCGCAGUACCUGCGCGUGCGCGCUUGGCCUCCCUAGUGCGUACUGGAAGUGCCGGCAGAGACCGGCUGAGAGGUGCGGCCCUGGAGGAGAUGGAGGCCGCGGGUGGGUCCGAGGCGCAAGAGGAAGAUGAGGACGAAGAAGAGGCGCUGCCGCACUCCGAGGCCAUGGACGUGUUCCAGGAAGGUCUGGCUAUGGUGGUGCAGGACCCGCUGCUCUGCGAUCUGCCGAUCCAGGUUACUUUGGAAGAAGUCAACUCCCAAAUAGCCCUAGAAUAUGGCCAGGCAAUGACGGUCCGAGUGUGCAAGAUGGAUGGAGAAGUAAUGCCUGUGGUUGUAGUGCAGAGUGCCACCGUCCUGGACCUGAAGAAGGCCAUCCAGAGAUACGUGCAGCUCAAGCAGGAGCGAGAAGGGGGCAUUCAGCACAUCAGCUGGUCUUAUGUGUGGAGGACGUACCAUCUGACCUCUGCAGGAGAGAAACUCACAGAAGAUAAAAAGAAGCUCCGAGAUUAUGGCAUCCGGAAUCGAGAUGAGGUUUCCUUCAUCAAAAAGCUGAGGCAAAAGUGAGCCUCCAGACAGGACAACUCUCUUUAUCACUGGUGGCUGAGCUUUUUCCCAGCAGGAUCAGAUCCUCGAGUCAUUGUGCCUCUUUCACAGAAAGGCACCCAACAGGAACUGUCAGCAUGAACCUGGGGGCCCUCAGGACUAGGACAGGGUGAGCCAGUGCUCCCUUCUUUCAUGUACUUGGCCUGAGACUGACCUCUCCUUGGGUCCAAAGACCCUGGUCACGUGGCAGAGCCACGGCCUGGCCCUGUGUAUAAAAUAAACCUGUGUGCUUCUAAAAGUCAAAAGCCACAGUACCCUGGGUAGCAAAGACUGAGGUUGCCCCAUCACAGAGGUAAGUUAAGGGGAGAGAAUUGGUACAAGUGAGUCCUGUAGUCCAAGAUGUCACACCACCAAAGCCUUGUGGCCACACCACUCCCCAAACCACACAGCUAUGUUACCAUGAUCUCCACAGCAAGGAGGAAAUAAAAGCAGAGUGGCUUUAG